AAUUGUUCAUAAACAGUGAAAACAAACUAUAAGUCCGUAUGAUAUCUCUAUAACAAUCGUGUCAAGGCUUAUUGUGUAUACUUACCAGUGUAAACAAACAUGGCUGGCACGGAUUGAUAUGGUGAACGGCACAUUCAACAGCUAGAGGAUCUUCGGAUGGUUAAAGGUUUAACAAAAUGGCUUCUACUGAGGGUUCUCGUUCCCAUCAGAAGUUAAUGGAAUGCUUCCAAAAACUGGGACUAAGUGCUACAGAGGCAGAAAUAUUCCAAGAAGAAUUAUGCAUGGUUUUCUCCGCUUCUGAUACAUCGAUGGAGGUCACAGACACCAUCAAAGACCUGAAAAACAUGACUAUCGACUAUGGAGAUGUAUUUCACAAACUUUCCAUUGCAAUUAACAUUGUCUCUGGGGUAGCUAAGCUUUCACCUUCAACUGCAGGGCUUACCACUACAUUUUCUGUCCUGUCAAAUAUAUUUUUGCAAGUUGGAAAGGCUAUGAAAGCGACCGUUCCGUCUGCAGAUAAGGACAGUGCCUAUGCUGCCAUUGAACGCUAUCAGGACUCAGAAUUAAGGACAGAUGCUGUGGGCUUAGAAAAAUUGUUUUACAAUACCAUUGCCUAUCUGAAUUGUAUUGAAGCGAAUGCUCCUAAAAGUCUGAUAAAUCAUCUAGAGGAUAAAUACCCUACAAAUGAUGCUGUGAGGUUUCUUGGUAAAUUAAUGGCGAAAGUAAAGGAACUCCUACCUUCAGAUGUAAAAUCUGCCCGAAGAGCAUCAGCGUAUAUAAAUUUGUAUUCUAGACUUGCAGUACUCCGAACAUUGGUUUUAUGGCAACUGUAUUUGAUUAAAUAUUGCAGUGAUUCAGAUCGGUCCAGUACACAAGGUGUCCAUGCCAUGAUUAACGAAAGUUGUAAGUUGGACCUGGAGGUGGUGAGAUUUGUCACUGAAUGCAAAUUUGAAAAAGCUAUAUUUUUGGCCAUGUUUAAUCCAACAGAACAUGAACAUUUUCUUCAUCUCCUUCGAAUAAACCAAAUCCGGAUUCCAUGUUUAGGACAGGAUAAGCAAUUCUGUACACAAAGUCAUUUGAUUCGGUCCUCCAACUGGUCAGCAUGGAAAAUGGAAAUAUCAAGACAUGGUGGGCCUAUUGGAGGAUGCAAUAAAAGAUCCGAUGCCUGCGAAUUGCAUUUGGAGCCAGUAAAAUCACGAAAUCUCGACAACAUAUUUUUCAUAAAAUCAAAAAGAAAGCCCUCACGUUACAUCUACUUUGGUCCUAAGUUCAGGUUUUGUUGGUCUGUCUCGAGGCGGCCUGGUCCUGAAGGACAUUGGAAGAUCGUUAAGCUAGAAGCAGAUGGCGGCAUGCCUCAAUACCUCAUGUCCCCUCAUCAGUGUCCGGGUUAUUUUAUUUACAUGACUUCUUCACCCAGAGGAUACGUGAGGGGCUCGACAGAUCUCAAAGUCAUUAAGGAUCAGGGAUUGUGGGAGAUUCUUGAUAUUUAGUGUACAGUCGAGACAUAAAGUGAACAACCAUGGAGCCUAAAAAGUGAAGAGAUUUGCGUGUACAAUCAUACUUUUGAAUUUUUAGAGAAAUGCUCUCAACACUCUUAUUUAAUAUCGAAAUAUCCAUAUAUAAUGUGUCAUUUAAUGCGGAAACAUGUCAAAUAAAAAUUAUAUUAAAUGAAUAUCAAUAAAAUAAGAAAAUAAAAGCAAGUAC